AUAAGAUCUGUUCUUAGCAGUGGUAGGUGCUCACUCACAAGUCACAAUGGCGCUUAAAGGCUAUAAGUUCUUAAGCUGCUGUUGCUUAUUCUUCAUCGUCUUAACAAUACACGCGGUAACACUCGCUUCUGCCGAUGCGAUCCAAGGUUGCGGUGGUUUUGUCGAGGCGAGCUCAUCUUUGAUCAAGUCAAGGAAGCCAACCGAUUCGAAAUUGGACUAUUCGCAUAUCACGGUUGAGCUGCGUACCUUGGAUGGCUUGGUGAAGGAUAGAACGCAAUGUGCUCCAAAUGGUUACUACUUCAUCCCAGUUUAUGACAAGGGUUCUUUUGUUAUCAAAAUUAAAGGACCUGAAGGAUGGUCAUGGGACCCAGAUCAGGUUCCUGUGCUUGUCGAUCAUACUGGCUGCAAUGGAAAUGAAGAUAUAAAUUUUCGGUUCACAGGGUUCAGUAUUAGUGGAAAAGUUGUGGGAGCAGUUGGUGGUGAGAGUUGCUCAUCUACAAAUGGUGGUCCAUCAAAUGUCAAUGUUGAGCUUUUGAAUCCCAGUGGGGAUCUUGUAUCAUCUGUUUUGACAUCGGUAGCAGGAAGUUACUCUUUCACCAACAUAAUUCCAGGAAGAUACAUCCUACAUGCAUCCCAUGAUGACCUGAAUAUCAAAGUUGAAGGUUCCACAGAGGUUGAAUUGGGGUUCGGAAAUGGUGAAGUUGAUGAUAUCUUCUUUGUCUCUGGUUAUGAUAUUAGUGGAUCGGUAGUUGCACAGGAAAACCCUAUUUUGGGGGUUCACUUUUAUCUGUACUCUAAUGAUGUCAAGGAAGUGCACUGCCCACAGGGUUCUGGUAAUGCCUCUGGACAUAGCACUGCUCUUUGUCAUGCCAUAUCCGAUGCUGAUGGAACAUUUAAAUUUAAGUCUAUUCCAUGCGGGGCUUAUGAGCUUAUUCCUUAUUAUAAGGGCGAGAAUACAAUUUUUGAUGUUUCCCCUCCUUCUGUCGCGGUGACUGUUAAGCAUGAUCAUGCAACAAUAUCUGAAAAGUUUCAGGUACAUCAACAAGAUAUCAAUCUUUAAAUUUGCUUGUGAGUUGGGAAUAUCUGUCAUAUUUUCGCCUGGGUUACCUAUUCCCUACGCUGUUAAUCGUGCCGCUAUAGCUGUGGUAUCGUGGUUCGUGGUUCGUGGUCAUUGAUGGAAUAACGGUGGCAAAAUAGCGGGGGAAAUYGUGGUGCCACCAAUAGCGGCACUAUUUACUGCUAUUUGUCCUCUACUCUAGCUCGCUCCGGAGCUUGACUAUUUUCUUGGUUUUUACUUCUCUAGCCCUCUUCUCCAUAGGGUUGUGAGUAGUCAUUCCUUUUUCUUAUAAUUGUUAGUGGGUUCAUCAUUUUUCAGGUGAUUGAUAGGUUCUAUUCAAAUUUAUUUUUAAUUGUGUUUUGUAAAAGAAUUUAUGGGCUUUUAGUUCAAAUGUGCUUUUGGACAGUCUAUUGUUGACUCAGUUAAGACUCUCAAAUUGUUUUAAUUGUCAGUGGGMUCAUCACUCUCAUAUUAUUUUAGUUUGUUUUCGUGUUUGGCCUUUGCAUUUUUAAUUUAUAAACCACCCAAACAUUUUUAUCAACCAAAGUCUUUUCUAAGUUGAUGUUUUGAUGUUGAAACUAUAUAUUUUUAUUCAAUACAUAUACUAUGUUAAGUUAUACAUACAUAUAACUCUAAUUAUUAUAUAGACCGCUAUACCACCGCAUUACAAUCGSGAUAGCUUCUAUAUCAAUUCAUGGGCCUGAUCUCUAUUUUAGAUUUUGACUGCCAUAACAAGACCUAUUCCAAACUUGAUAAGUCCUAAUUUAUCAAGGACAAUUAGGAUAUUUAACUCUCUCGUUGUAACAUCCCUUAAUUCCUAUCUUCAAGCUUGAUUAAGUAUAAAGAGGGAGAUUUCUUGUUUUUGGUAUAGAACUAAUGGUAACACUUCAAUCACUAUUUAUARGUAAAUUCAUUGCAUUAGCUACUUGUUUUUCUUGCUCCCAAAAUGUACUCUUAUGAUAGUUUAACACCUCAUUUUUGAGGAUAAGAGAAUCUUGACACCUCAUGCUUAAUAUAAAAGAAUCUUGCACCUCAUGCUUCUAGCUUUUAUUUAUCAUGCUUCUAGCUCUUGCUUGUCAUCAUGAAUUUUGCCAAAACAUGUUUCUAGCCUUGACAACUCAUAACUAGCUUGCUUUGUCAUAAAGAGUAGGCUUGCUUUGUCAUAAGAUUUUUGUGGCUCAUGUUGUUUGUUUAUAAGUAGCUUUGUAAGCUAAUUCCCUUAUAAAUAUGAUAGUUUAAUAAAUGCUACAGCUGUUGGACUCUUUUAAGAGUACUUAAUUUGCUUACAAAAUCUURUWUUUAAGGCUUAAACAUUGAGAUUUAGCAAAUAAAGAAACUAGGGUGUUACAAUUCUCCCUUUCUUAUAAGAAUUUCGUCCUCGAAAUUUUACUCAAAAGGAUGUGGGUACUUAUUCCUCAUUUUUGACUCGGCUUCCCAUGUUGCCUCUGAUCCAUGAGAAUAGUCCCAAUGAACUAAUACCAACGAUACCUCUUUGUUUCGAAAUUUUUUAAAUUUUAUGCUCAGUGAUAGUUAUGGGAUCUUCUASGGAUUUAAGUUUAUCAUCAACCRAGAUUCCUUCAACCUCGUUUCCGUAACAUCAAAUAAGUCACCAACCAUCUUCCAUUCCUUACCAUUUAGAUAUAUGCAAACUCAAAAUAUCUUAUAACUUGCUAUAUCAUACUUACAUUUCAACUUAGUUCGACACAAUAGUAUCAUAAACUUUACAUUUGCURAAGCAUUCUAACAAUAGUUCAAUAGCCUAACACGUAUAAUUGCUACUAUAAGAAGUAUAUMUCUUCAUGUCUGUUUCUUCAUGUCUUACUUUGAUCUUACGUGAGAUAGUUCCUAUUUCACCUAUCCAUCUUAUAUUAUACACAUGUAYUAAUUCUUCAUUCAAGGUUUGUAUCUUAAGCGUAUUUUCAAACACCACUUCUGCGUCAUUCUUUGACAAGGAAACCAUUCCGAUAUUAUAUCACUUUUUUCCUAAGCACAUCAACUUAACUAGGUAAUWCUUACCAUUUAGAUUGAUCGAACAAUCCUCAAGAAUCUCAUUAACCUUUGACUGACCACCAUCARUGGUURUUAGUACCUUACUCUUAUUCUAGUCGUUUAGCUCUUAUAUUCAAGUAGUUGACUCGAAGCUUCUAGAUGUACUUGAAUCGAAUAAAACUAGGGUACAAUAAUUAUUGCCAAGAAACACAUGUUGGUGAUUCCUUAGGCCUC